AUGGCGCGCCUGGCCACCGUCCUCCGCGCCAUCGUCCGCAACGACGCCAUGAAGGAGGACCCUCCGCAGAUCUACAACGGCCGCGUCCUCGCCCUCGUCUGCGCCGCCUGCUUCGGCGGCAUGCUCUUUGGCUGGGACACGGGCGCCAUCGGCGGCAUCCUGCACAUGCCCGCCACCCAGGCCCGCUUCGGCUUCCUCGACAAGACGGACAAGCAAAAGGCCGACCAGGAGCAGAACAUUGUCUCGACCCUCCAGGCCGGCUGCUUCUUCGCCUGCUUCUUCACCGGCUGGGCCGCGGAUCGCUUCGGCCGCCGCCGCGCGCUCGUCGCCGCCGGUGUCUUGACCGUCAUCGGCGUCGUCUUCCAGGCCGCGUCGGCGGCCCGCGGCACGCUCGCCGUCAUGUACGUCGGGCGCUUCGUCGCCGGCCUGGGCUGCGGCGCGGCGUCGGCGCUCACGCCCAUCUACGUGUCCGAGUGCGCCCCGCGGGCGAUUCGUGGCGGCUUGACGGCGUUUUAUCAGCUCUUCAAUGUCUUUGGUAUCAUGGUUGCCUUCUGGGUCAACUAUGGAUGUCUCCUCCAUGUCCCGGCCCCCGCCAGAUAUGUCAUCCCGCUGGCGCUGCAGUCGCUGCCUGCCAUCCUCCUCGUCAUCGGCAUGUUUCUCUCCCCCGAGUCGCCCCGCUGGCUCGCCAAGGAGGACAACUGGGAAAAGGCAACCUCGACGCUCGCGCGGCUGCGAGACCUCCCGCCCACAGACACCUACGUGCAGGCCGAGAUUCAGGAAAUGGCCGACCAGCUCGAGAUUGAGCGUCGCUUGACGGGUGGCAGCUCGCCCAGGGCCCUCUUCCGCGAGAUGUUUUCCAUCCCUGGCAACCGUAACCGCGCCCUCAUCUCGAUUAUGCUCAUGAUCUGUCAGCAGCUCACUGGUGUGAAUGCCAUUAAUUACUACGCCCCUCAACUAUUCGCCAACCUGGGCAUGGACGCCACCGACUCGUCCCUCUUCGCCACGGGCAUCUACGGCGUCGUCAAGGUCGUCAGCUGCGCCAUCUUCCUGACCUUUGUCGCCGACUCGCUCGGCCGCCGCCGCAGCCUCAUGGCAACGGCCGCCUCGCAGGGCGUCGUGCUCUUCAUCAUCGGCAUCUACGGCCGCGUGCAGCCGCCCGUCAAGGGCGAGCCCGUCACGGCCUUUGGCUACGUCGCCAUCACCUGCAUCUACCUCUGGGCCGCGUCCUUCCAGUUCGGCUGGGGCCCGGCCUGCUGGAUCCUCGUCAGCGAGAUCCCCACGGCGCGCCUCCGCGCCCUCAACGUCUCCCUCGCCGCCGCCACCCAGUGGCUCUUCAACUUUGUCGCCGCCCGCACCGUCCUCACCAUGCAGAGCACCAUGGGCAAGGCCGGCUACGGCAUGUACUUUCUCUUUGGCAGUUUCUGCUUCCUCAUGGGCCUCUUUGUCUACUUCUUCGUGCCCGAGACAAAGGGCCUGUCCCUCGAGAAGAUGGACGAGCUCUUUGGCGUCACCGAGGCCUUUCACCGCAAGUUUGACGCAGACUCCGAGACGGGUGCCGCCGGCGGCGGCGAUGCGCCCACCAUCAAUACUGUCCACGAAGUGCACGCCGCAGACAAGGACGGUGAUCGAAAAGAGUAG